CAGCUGAGCAGAAAACAGAGGAGAGCUCAGGGAAAGAGCAACCUGCGAGGGCUGAGGGUGAAUUAUUUUAUGAAAAGGAUUCGUCUUUUUGCUCCCAAAGCUAAAGAAAUCCGAGGACUACAGAAGUGGAAGGAGGGGGUGGUGGGUCUCCUUUCACAUUUUGUACCAGCCUUGUUUCGCAGGUUUCAUUUUCUGCUCGAGGCUGGUAUUCGUUGAACUGUGCCGGAAGAAUUUUUUGCAGUUUCAUUUUUUUUAUUUGCGGUGUUUUCUUUUUUCAUACAGAAAAGGAGGAUAUUCUUCUGUGGAAGGUUUUAUGUGUUUUUUUGGCUUUUUGCAUUAAUACUCAGUACAGUAUACUGUGAGAAAAGGGAGAUUUUACAUGGAUUUUAAUUGAUCUUUUGCACAAACGUAAAUUCCUUUAUUAAAUGAACAUAUAAAUUACAGGUGAGAAAAAAAAAAAAACACUCGAUAUUUGUUCAGCUUGAAGUUUUCCUGCAGUGAAAGCAGGCGUAUCUGCUGAAGUCUAAAAGUAAUAUCUUAAAUUUGGGAGGAGGUGUGACUUUGUCUAUCCCUUCAUCCGCAAGGCAUUUAAAAUGACGAACAUAAAGGUUUUUUUUUUAACUUGCUUUUUUUAAUCAUGUAUUUUGUUUUGCAGCCAGUAGGCUAAAAUUGUGGAUAUUUUCUUUUUUCACUUCAUACUGUCAUUUUCUUGGUAAAUUUAUCUGCUGUUGUUUUCAUUUCAACAUAUUGUCAGAGAUACUGGAGGUGCUUUCUUAACAUAACCCUAGCUGCUCUUUUAAAGUGAAGUCAAAAUGGCACUACCAGAUAAUGCCAGUUGUGGCCUGCCAGGAGAAGAAUCUGGUUUUCCUGAAAUAAUUGAAUUAAAUGUCGGUGGGCAAGUGUACAUUACUCGUUACUCCACUCUUACAAGUGUUCCAGACUCCCUGCUUUGGGAGAUGUUUAGCCGAAAGAACAUCAAGACUCUUGCUAGGGACUCAAAAGGCCGUUUCUUUGUGGACCGAGAUGGAUUCUUGUUCCGUUACAUUCUAGAUUACAUGCGGGACCAGCAGUUGGUGCUCCCUGAUCACUUUCCUGAACGCAGUCGUUUGCAGAGAGAAGCUGAAUAUUUUAUACUGCCAGAGCUGGUGAAAAUGCUUACCCCUAAAAUAAGUAAGCAAAACUCCAUUGGUGAUGAUGCCUGUCAAAGUGACCCAGAAGAGUCUUCACCCAAUGCAGAUACAGCUAGGAACAUUGCAUCAUUGGGUUCCAUGGCAUGUUCAAGUUUAACACCAGGAGUUGGUUCUGAAUCACGACGUUCCGGCUUCAUCACUAUUGGGUACCGUGGCUCCUAUACUUUGGGGCGUGACAGUCAGACUGAUGCAAAAUUCAGACGUGUAGCCCGGAUCAUGGUUUGUGGCAAAACCUCUCUAGCUAAAGAAGUUUUUGGCGAUACCUUGAAUGAAAGCCGUGACCCAGAUCGCCCACCUGAGAGGUAUACUUCCCGUUACUACCUAAAAUUCACCUUCUUGGAGCAAGCCUUUGACAAGCUAGCUGAUGCUGGUUUCCAUAUGGUCGCCUGCAACUCCACGGGCACUUGUGCUUUUGCCCAUGAUCAAACUGAUGACAAAAUCUGGACCAGUUACACCGAAUAUGUUUUCUACCGUGAGUGAGCACAAAUAUUGUAUUUCCCAACCCAACCCACCCCGUCUUGAUUUUCGUGGUUACUGUGGUGGUUUCAUUGCAUUAGAAGUAGAACAUUUACCCUUGUGUAUCCCAGAGUCCCAUGUGGUACCCUUCUGCUUAAACUCAGCUUGCUCUGCUGGCAGCCAUCUAACUACUGACCAGCUGCUGCUUCUUCUAUCCUGUGAAGAGAAUUUAAAGUGACUCUUUUAUGCUAUAAUAUAUAUAUAUAUA